AUGUCAGAUACACUUGCUGAAAUAGGCCAAAGACUUGAACGGUUAAAGAGCAACACUUUUGAGAAUUCUGUAUCAGCUAGUGCCCAGACUAGCCGUAUAGAAGAGGACAAUAGUUCUUCUAGCCCAACGAGUGUAGAUUCUUUCGAUAACUCUAACUCUGACGGAGAAGAAGAGAUGGCUGGCAAUAACGAUGACAACCGAGCUUUGGAAGAUUAUGCUCAACCGGUUAUACCAAAUUCACCUUCGUGCAUCUUGCUGCCUACUGAAGCUAGAAAUUAUGAACUCAAAUCUUCACAUUUUCACAUGCUUCCUUCUUUUUAUGGUUUACCUAACGAAGAUCCAUUAUCCCAUAUUAAGGAAUUCUACAAUGUUGUGAGUGGUUUACCUUUGCAGGGAGUGAGUGAAGCAAAUCUGAGGAUGAGGGUUUUUCCUUAUACAUUGAAAGAUAGAGCAAAGAAUUGGCUAAAUGACUUUAGCACCUGCAGGUGGAGCUUUGAAGAAGAAAAUGCGCAAGAGUCAUAUAACAUUUAUGAGAUGUUGGGAUCUAAUGCUCAACACAAAGAUACAAGAGGUAAACGAGUUGGAAUGUAUGAAAUGAGUUCUAAUAAUGAUCUUGCUUUGCAGGUGGCUAGUUUGGAAAAGAAGCUCGAUUCUGUGCUCAAUAUGGCGCCUAAGAUAGCUGAGGUGUGUGCCAUUUGCAACAUACCAGGUCAUCCUACUUAUCAAUGCUCAGCUAGUGAGGCUUAUCCCGAAUUCGUUCAAGAGCAAGUGAAUCUCAUGAAUUCUUACAAUCAGAGGCCGAGGAAUGACCCGUUCUCUAAUACAUAUAACCCUGGUUGGAGAGAUCAUCCCAAUCUCUCAUGGAAGAAUAACAAUCAAUUUCAAAAUUUCCAACCAAAGCCUGCCACUACGCUUGAAGAUACUGUCAAAAUGCUAGCUCAAAACACCGUUCAAUUCCAGCAAACUACCAAUAGUACUCUCCAACAACAUUCAGCUGCUCUAACCAAAAUGGAGACACAAUUAGGUCAGAUUGCUGAUGCUUUGAGUCAAAGAGAACCCGGGAAAUUUCCAAGCCAACCGGUGAUACUUCAAAGGAACCAAGAGCAGGCCAAAGCGGUCAUAACACUUAGAAGUGGUAAGGUUAUUAAUAAUGGAGUUGGCAAUGAAGUUACUAAUGAAUCUGAUCAUGUGAAUGCAGGCCCCACUCAAGAAGAGAAUGAGAAACCGAAUGAAGAUCCAAGCAAUGCCACUUCUUCGUAUGAAGCUCCAAAUUUUCACAAGGCUGAAAAACCUUACACUCCUCCAAUCCCAUUUCCUGGAAGACUUGCCAAAAGCAAGCAGGAGAAGUCAUUUAAAGAAAUUUUUGAUAUUUUAAGUAAAGUGAAUGUUAAUUUACCUUUGCUUGAUGUCAUUAGGAAUAUGCCAGCAUAUGGGAAAUUUUUCAAGGAGCUAAACACUUAUAAGAGGAAGUAUGGACCUAAUGAAAAGGUGAUGGUGUCUGAAAAUGUGAGUGCUGUGCUUCAAAGAAAGCUCCCACCAAAACUCAAGGAUCCGGGCAGUUUUUCUAUCAAUAUCACCAUUGGAGACAAGCUAGUUGAAAAGGCUAUGCUUGACUUGGGGGCGAGCAUCAAUUUAAUGCCCUAUUCAGUGUACCUUCAAUUAGGUUUGGGGGGUUUGAAGGCAACAACUAUUUCAUUGCAACUUGCCGAUCGAUCAGUGAAAUAUCCAAGAGGUAUAGUGGAAGAUAUCUUAGUUCAAGUUGACAAACUAAUUUUGCCUGCUGAUUUUGUAGUGUUGGACAUGGAAGAGGCUCCUAUACAUGAUCGUGAGUUACCUAUUUUGCUUGGGAGACCCUUUAUGGCCACGGCAAAGACUAUCAUAGAUGUGCAAAAUGGUCUCCUCACCAUGACUGUGCUAGGAGAAACUGUACAAUUCAAAGUGUUUGAAUCUCUUUCUCACCCUUCUAGUUCACUUGAUUGUUGUUCGAUUGAUGUGCUUGAUUCACUUGUUUUCUCUAAGUUUUUGCUGGCACAAUCCAAUGAUCCAUUACAAUAUGUUUUGAGUCAAUCUCAAGAUGACUUUGAUGAAGAAGUGCUCAUGGAGAUGGUGGCAGCCUUGGAAGCAUUAAAACCAUAUCCCUCCACUUUUUCACCUCUUAUAGAGCCAUUAGGACCAUCUGCCACACAUCUGACCCCUUCUGUUGUUAAACCUCCAAAACUUGAGCUUAAACCACUUCCAUCACAUCUAAAAUAUGCUUACCUAGCUGAGUUUGAAACUCUCCCAGUUAUCAUAGCAUCUGACCUCACCCCUUUGGAAGAAGAGAAGCUAAUUAGGGUGCUAAAAGAGUUCAAAUCAGCCAUUGGUUGGUCUAUUGCAGAUAUCAAGGGAAUAAGCCCUACCAUGUGCAUGCAUCGAAUUUUAUUGGAGGAAGGAGCGAAACCAACUCGAGAACCACAAAGAAGGCUCAAUCCACACAUGAAGGAAGUAGUGAGAGCUGAAGGGUUGAAGUUGCUAGAUGUGGGUAUCAUAUACCCGAUUUCAGAUAGCAAAUGGGUCAGCGCUGUUCACGUAGUGCCUAAGAGGAUUGGAAUCACAGUGGUUAUAAUCAAAUUGCGAUUGCUCCAGAAGAUCAAGAGAAGACUACAUUCACCUGUCCUUUUGGCACUUUUGCAUAUAGGAGGAUGCCGUUUGGCCUUUGCAAUGCCCCAGCAACAUUCCAACGAUGUAUGCUGGCAAUCUUUUCAGAUAUGA